CCAAAAUGGCUGCGAGUAAUUACUACGGAUUCACGCAUGGAGCCGGCCCGCAAUACAGCACCCAGCUGGCCCCUGCAUACUCCCAUCAAACCGCUCCUAGUUACAGUGUCCAGCCUGCCGCUGGAGUCGCCCACGCGGUUACGGCCUCGUAUGCCCCUGCCACUGCACAGACUGACCGGCCACUGGCAUCUCCAGCCUAUCCCACAUACCAGACUCAUCCUGCUCAAGAUUAUGGAUACCGCCAACAGGAAACGGCACCUCAGCCAGCCACUACGCCACAGACCUAUCAGGUCUUCACAGAAGCACAGGAGAGCUACAGCUACGGGCGCCCGGUGUCGGCCAGCAGCUACGAGAACAAACCGUACUAUCAGACGAGCAUGGCGCCUGCUCAGCGCACGCAAGCUGGGGCCUUCUUUCAGCCAGCAGGUCUUAAAAGUGGCUACAGGCCUGUAAGCACAGUAUACAGCCAGCCUCCUCCCCAAAGACAGACCCCAGCCCUCAAAGCGCUUCCUCCCGCCAGCUCCGUCUCCACCAACUACAGCAUUUACCCAGCGUCAACCAGUGUGCCACAGCCACCCAACCCCAUAUCAACGUACACGCCCAGCUCCUCCUACAAUUCCACAGCUGCCACUUCUUACUCUGGUCUCAGCUACUCCAGUUAUGAUUCUAGUAGCUACACGUCCACUGUGACGUACUACCAGCCUACCCAGCAGCUGGGCCUUCCACAGACUCAACCCCAAGCACCUCCCUCCCAACAGCCACCACCUCCCACUCCUCAGUCCCAGCCUCCUCAGCCGCAAGCCCAUCCGCCGCCUACUAAGCAGCUCACCGGCUCCUCCUGGAGUGGCACCGGGAACAGCAUGGUCUCAGGUUCUGCUGUCAGCGGGUACAAGAAGCCCAUGUUUCAUCAAAACAAGGUCCAGAAGCCCAAAGGCCCUCCCAAGCAGCCUCAGCUGCACUACUGUGACAUCUGCAAGAUAAGCUGCGCUGGUCCGCAGACCUACAGAGAGCACCUGGAGGGCCAGAAGCACAAAAAGAAAGAAGCGUCACAAAAAUGUGGCAAUAGUCAGGCGAGUAAUGGGCCUCGUGGUGUGCAAACCCAGCUGCGCUGUGAACUCUGUGACAUCUCCUGUACUGGCGCUGAUGCCUACACUGCACACAUCCGGGGGGCCAAGCACCAGAAGGUGGUGAAGCUGCAUACAAAGCUUGGCAAACCUAUUCCCUCCACGGAGCCAGUUUUAGUCAACACUGCCCCUGUUGCUGUGACGACGACCUCUGGAAAAGCCGUGCCAGGAGCUGUGGCUCCAGCUGCCCCCUUAGUGCUACAAAAAUCUUCUGUGCCAACCCCACCCAAGGCACAGCUGCUCACUAAAAAACCUGUUGCACCACCCAAAGCUACAGUCAUCGCCAGCAGUGCUGCUGCUCCAGACCUAGCGAAGGUGGAGGAGGCGGUGAAGCAGCAGGUGGCACUAAAGUCAGACCCUCAGAGUGAGGACGAAGGGGAUGGAGGAGGUGCACAAGGAGACAUCCAACCAGUCGGUCAUGACUACGUGGAGGAGGUUCGUAACGACGAUGGCAAGGUGAUCCGCUUCCACUGCAAGCUGUGCGAGUGCAGCUUCAAUGAUCCCAAUGCCAAAGACAUGCACCUGAAGGGCCGCAGACAUCGGCUGCAGUACAAGAAAAAGGUGAACCCGGACCUGCUGGUGGAGAUCAAGCCCAGCAACCGGGCACGGAAGCUUCUGGAAGGCAAGCUGCGGAAACAGAAGCAGAAAGCCGUAUUAAAGCGACAGCAUGAGGAUGAACAGCGUUGGCAUAUGGAGAUGAGGAGAUACGAAGAGGAUAUGUACUGGAGGAAAGCAGAGGAGGAGCAUUUGUACUGGGGAGACCAAAGACGUAGAAUAGCGCCCCCACCCCUCAUGAGUCGUCCUGGGAUACCUGUCCCCCCUCUAUUGCCUGUGCGCCGGCCUGAUUCGCCAGACGACCGGCACAUCAUGGCCAAGCACUCCACCAUCUACCCAGUGGAGGAGGAGCUACAGGCUGUCCAGAGGAUCGUGUCUCACUCGGAGAGGGCUCUCAAACUGGUGUCGGAUGUGCUGCUGGAGCAGGAAGCAACUGCAGAAGGCAAAGACACCGCAGAUAAGAAGUGGGGGAGCAGAGCGGAGCCUCAGGGCCGUGUGCUGAAGGGGGUGAUGAGGGUGGGGAUAUUGGCCAAAGGCCUGCUGCUGCAUGGAGACAGGAACGUUCAGCUCAUUCUGCUAGUGGCCAAGAAACCCACCGUCUCCCUGCUCGGCAGCAUCGCAGACCAGCUUCCCAAGCAACUAACGAGCUUUUGUGAAGAUCAGUAUGUGGUGCAGGCUCAUCCUGAGGAAGCCAACGUCGUCAUUAUUUCCAGCAAGGAACCAAAAAUGCAGGUCACCGUCUCUCUCACGUCGCCUGUGAUGCGGGAGGAGCCCGCCCUCGGCAUGGAGGAAAAAGCAGGCACUGGACUGCCUGAGAGAGUGCCUGAGAAGGACCCUCCAGACGUUCUAAACAGGACCAAGUGCCUCGAGUAUUUAGCUGCCCUUCGGCAUGCCAAAUGGUUCCAGGCUCGAGCCAAUGGACUCCAGUCCUGUGUGAUCAUCAUGCGUGUGCUCAGAGACCUCUGCCAGCGUGUGCCAACCUGGGCCAAGAUGUCUGACUGGGCCAUGGAGCUACUGGUGGAGAAGGCCAUCAGCAGUGCUGCUGGUCUGCUGAGUCCAGGAGAGGCCAUGCGGAGAGUUCUGGAGUGCAUAGCUAGUGGAAUCCUUCUACAAGAUGGCCCAGGCUUGUUUGACCCUUGCGAAAAAGUCCAAACAGAUGCACUGGGCAGCAUGACCAAGCAAUCCAGAGAAGAUGUAACAGCAAGUGCUCAGCACGCCCUGCGAUUGUUGGCUUUUCGUCAGAUUCACAAAGUUCUGGGGAUGGCGUCACUUCCGGUUUCCAAAGCUAGCGCUCGCAACCGCAAGAGGCGAAGGGAUGGAGUGGACGAGGGCGAGGGCGAGGGCAAGAAGGACAAAAAGGAAGUGUCCCGAGAUGUCUGAGGACUGGUCGCAAAUGAUCGUUUAUUUACUUUGAAACGAGACAAGGAAAAACGACGAAGCCUCGCUGCAAAGGACAAAAGCAACAGUCUUGCCAUUUUUGCUUUUUAAGACACAGGAGGGAAAAAAAUGGAGAAACUAUGUACUCACUGUUCUCUUUUUAUUACCGCUGUACCGAAAGUAGGUUUCAAAAUUUACUGGCGUUAAACAGGAGACGAUUGCAUUCCAUUUCGAGAGGAGCAGGGUGAACCUGAAUUCUGCUACCGUAAAAUGAACAGUUACUAACCUGUUUUUACUCAAAUGUAGGAACAUUUAUUCAAUAUUAGCACUUACUUAAAAAAACCCUCUAAUCCCUUAAACAUACCCAAGUUGUGUGUUUUUGUUUAUUUAUUUUGUUUUGUUUUAACACAAGACCUUAAAUUAGGGGUGCGGUCCAGUUUUCUGGACACAUUAAGAUUGGUCUCAUACUAAAAAGGAUUUUCAGUUUCUCAAUAGUGAAGAGUUUAAAACUAGACAUAUUUUGUGUGUGGAACGUCACCUCAUUAUGUACAUUAUUGCAGAGAUAUUAAAUAUUAUGUAACCGUAAACUCAGUCGUAAUAAAUCGGUACUAAACCGACAGAAAGUUCUAUACCAACAACCAAAAGACGUGACAGAAGAAACAGACCACUAAACGUUACAUUAAAAUGUUUAUUAAUAUUUAGUCAUUUUAAUACCUGGAUUAAAUGAUAAAAAUGAACGACCAUUUA